AAAAGAAAAAUUUAUCGAUUUUGUUUUCUGAUCUAUCUGCGCCAGAAGACACCUUCAAAUUCGAUCUUUCACUCUUUCAAACGAAGAUCCAUGUCUCUUUGACAAAGGAGAAAUCUCUGUCUCUGUAGGAUUUGAGGCUUUAGUAGGUGUGGAGAUAGAGAGACAGAGAGAGAAAGAGCUAUGUGGAGUUCGAUUGAGAAUUUAAAGGAGAACUUGAACAAGAUCGCGCUUGAUGUGCAUGAAGACGACGAAGAAGAAGACGAUCUCCACAGAUACGGUUCCUCUAAUGGCAUCGGUGAUGUAUCGGACUCUGAUCGGAGAAAUUCCAGUGGUUUUAGGUCUUCCAGGUCCGUUUCGAGGUAUCCAAUCUCCAAUGGAAUCGAAUCACCUGUUAAUCAUGAGAUUGAACGGUAUAAGGUAGAGAUUAAAAAGCUUCAGGAUUCUGAAGCAGAUAUCAAAGCUUUAUCAGUGAAUUACGCGGCUCUAUUAAGAGAAAAAGAGGAUCAGAUUUCUAGAUUGAACCAGGAGAAUGGCUCACUGAAACAAACGCUGACCUCAACUAGUGCCGCUCUGAAAGAAGCUAGAACCGACAUUUCCAGGGAAUCAAACAAUAAUGCUAUCAAGGGAAAAAACGAUCAGUCACCCAACCGGCUUCAAAAAUCUAUAUCAAAUUUAAAAAGUCGAAGCCAUUUGUCCAAUGGAAAAGGGAAGGAUGCCGAUUUACAGAUAACGGAAACGGAGCUUGCAGAUAUGCUAGAAAGUAGAACCAAGUCACUGGCAGCUGUUCAAGCGAAAGAGCUUGCCAAAGAGCGUGAAAAAAUAAGAGAUCUGCAGCUUUCUCUACAGGAGGAGCGGAAACGGAGUGAAUCUUUCAAGGAGGAAAUCGAGUCUCUGAGGUUAGAUAAGAAAAAAACCUCCUUGGAGAUUAGCAAAGUUCGUAGUGAAAUGGAUGCAAAAUUACAAGAAAUAAAACAUUUACAGAUAAAGUUGAAUGGCCAGGAGAGCCACGCUUUUGGAACUGCCAUGGAACAUCUAAAAGAAGUUAACAAAGCUUUGGAGAAGGAAAACAGCGAGCUUAAGUUGAAACGAAGUGCGCUAGCAGCUGAUAUGGAAGAAAGCAAGAUGCCAACCAGUAGCAAAGUCUUCCCAGACGCCACAGGGGCUCUGACUAGACAUCUUAGUAGUUUGGACAAGGAGAAACAUGAAAGCUUUCCUCAUAAAGAAGAAAUGGAGCAAUCUUUGCAGAGGUUGGAAACAGAUUUAAAGGAAACACGACGGGAUAGGGAUAAGGCACGGCAAGAACUAAAACGGCUUAAACAACACUUGUUAGAAAAGGAAACCGAGGAGUCUGAGAAAAUGGAUGAAGAUAGCCGGUUGAUUGAAGAACUCCGCCAAACUAAUGAAUAUCAAAGGUCUCAGAUAUCACAGUUGGAGAAAACACUUAAGCAGGCAAUGGCUAAUCAGGAGGAUAACAGGCUGAGCAAUGAUAAUCAAAUCCGGAAGUUAAAGGAAACAGUCGAUGACUUAAAUCAAAAGCUUACAAAUUGUUUGAGAACGAUUGAGUCCAAGAAUGUGGAACUUUUAAAUCUUCAAACUGCUCUUGGCCAGUACUAUGCGGAAAUCGAAGCUAAGGAGCAUUUUGCACAAGAACUUGCGGUGGCUAAAGACGAGUUGAUGAAGCUUUAUGGUCGUUUGAAAGAUGCUGAUGAGCGGUUAGAGUCAUCGAAGAAAGAAAAGGAAGACGUCACAUCCAAGCUGUUGCACGUCGAAAAGGUUGCAGCUGAAUGGAAAAACAGAGUGAGCAAGGUUGAAGAAGAUAAUUCAAAAGUACGCCGCGUUCUUGAACAGAGCAUGACGAGGCUAAAUAGAAUGUCAAUGGAGUCGGAUUACCUAGUUGAUAGGCGUAUCGUUAUCAAAUUGCUGAUAACGUACUUCCAGAAGAAUCAUAGCAAAGAGGUGUUGGACCUCAUGGUUCGGAUGCUGGGAUUCUCAGAGGAAGAUAAAGAGCGGAUUGGAGUGGCACAACAAGGAGGAGGUAAAGGUGUUGUAAGAGGCGUAUUGGGCUUUCCCGGUCGCUUUGUUGGGGGAAUCUUGGGUGGGAAAUCUGCAGAUUCACAUGCUAAUGCAGCUUCUGAUAACCAGUCUUUUGCGGAUCUGUGGGUUGAUUUCUUACUGAAAGACGCGGAAGAGCGAGAAAGAAGAGAAGCAGAAGAGGCAGCAGCAACCAAAGCUAGGCAAGAAUCGGAGAAGACAAGACAAGACGCGGCUUUGUCUGAUUCGGAAUUCUCGACGGUGCCUCUCAGAUCAUCGGAGAGUAAUCAACGGCUUUCGAGAUUGCUUCCUUAAGAAGGUAACUAGAGAUACAUACAUACAUUAUAAUAGACAUUUGUAAACUUUGUAAUUAUGAUGAUCUCAUACGUGUUCCUUUU